AUGGCCCCAGCUCACAAGCAUCUUUUGAACACUCCCCAGACCCUCGUCGUCGACUCGCUCAAGGGCCUGGCUACCGUCAACCCCAACGUCAAGCUCGAUGAAGCCCAAAGAGUCAUCUACACCCCCGCAUCCGACCGGGUCGCCUUGCUCUCUGGCGGUGGUGCCGGCCAUGAACCCGCCCACGCUGCCUUUGUCGGCCCUGGUCUCCUCUCCGCCGCCAUCUCUGGCUCUGUCUUUGCCUCGCCCAACGUCGCUCAGAUCCGACGUGGUCUCGAGCUCGUCACGAGGGAAAAGGGCGGCCUGGUGGUGGUCAUGAACUAUACCGGCGAUGCGCUGCAUUUCGGGUUGGCAGCAGAGCAGCAUAGGAGUGCGGGUAAGGUAGGGGAUGUCAGGGUGUUGCUGGUAGGGGACGACGUGGCUGUGGGGAGGGAGCAGGGGAGUAUUGUCGGGCGUCGAGGUCUUGCGGGGACUAUACUCGUGUACAAGGUAGCUUCGGCGCUGUCUGACAAGGGCGAGAGCCUUGACGCUGUCGAGGAUAUUGCCAAGUAUGUCGCCUCCAGACUCGGCAGUCUUGGUGUCGGCCUCGAACACUGUCAUGUCCCUGGUACCCGAGCCGGUGAAUCUCACUUGUCUGCGAAAGAGAUUGAGCUCGGCAUGGGUAUUCACAAUGAGCCCGGCACGUCAAAGCUCGACCUUUCGACAGUCGCCAACCUCGUCUCCCACAUGCUCACGCAGAUCACCGACACCAAAGACAAGGACAGGUCGUUUGUCCCAUUCAAGAACGAUGGCACUGAUGAGGUUGUGCUUCUGGUGAACAACUUGGGAGCUAUAAGCGAGCUUGAGCUGGGCGGUAUCACCAACGAAGCGGCCAAGUGGCUCCAAGCAAACAAUAUCAAGCUCCGCCGAGUACUCGCUGGAACCUACAUGACAUCCCUCAACAUGCCAGGAUUCUCCUUGACCCUCCUCCUCCUCCCAUCUGCCUCUGAAAAGUCGACAUACUCUUCAGAACAGAUCCUCGAGUACCUCGACGCUCCUGCCAGUGCCCCUGGGUGGUCAUUCUAUGCCGCUCAGGAACCUGGGGUGAUCGCUUCCGACGCUCAAUCUCUCCUCUCGGCCAUCACCCGCGCCUGCAAAGCCCUCAUCGCCGCAGAGCCUGAGCUCACCGAGCAAGACCAGAUCGCCGGUGAUGGAGAUGCUGGACUCACCCUCGAAGCCGGUGCCAAGGGCGUGCUCAAGGCUAUUGAGCAGGGCAGGCUGAGCGGGAAGAAUGUCAUUGAUGACGUGAGAGUUAUUGCAGAGGUCGUAGAGGAGGACAUGGGUGGGACUUCUGGGGCUUUGUACUCUAUCUUCUUUGCUGGGUUGGACACCCGAGCUCGCCCCCCAUCUCGAACCCUCGUUGACCCUCUGGAAGCCUUCAUCGCGUCCCUUCCCUCCAAGGGUCUCUCGUCCUCCGCCGAGGAUGCUCUUGCAGCAGCCGACAAGACCAAGGAGCUCGUUGCCAAGGCUGGUAGGGGAGCGUAUGUCAACCAGGAAGAUUUGAAGAAGAGGGAGGUGCCGGACCCUGGAGCGUGGGGUAUCUGGAGGAUCGUGGACGGGCUGAGAGGUUUUGAGGUCUAA